AUGCCUUGGUGGAAAGUGAAGAGGGCCAGCCUUGAGAACUCGUCCAUGGUGGGUAUUGCAGAAAUGGCACAAGAUGGACGUGGUCGGAGGCUUGUGGCGGCCCAAGACAUCCUGAAAGGUACGGAGAUUUUCAUGGAGAGCCCUGUGCUGUGGGUGGCUCAAGAAGCUGGAAUGGAAGAAGUUGCGGCGCAGCUGCAAGAUCUGACUCCAGCAGUUCAGGAUAGCUUGCUGCAGCUUUGUCAGUCCUCCAGCUUACCCCCGGAGGAGUUGGCCAUCAUAGAAGAGCUUGCAAGUGGCAACGAUCAGCUGUUUGCGUUGUUGCGUGUCUACUUGAUCAACAGCAUAGGGACACCAGAUGGGGGAAGCGCCAUCUACCUCAAGGCAAGCCGGGCAAAUCACAGCUGCCGGCCCAACGCAGCCUUCCAGUUUGACAAGGAGAGGCAGCUGCGACUGGUCACCCUGAGGCCUGUGCCCUCUGGCGAGGAGGUCCUGGUUUCGUACCUGCCAGAAGGGCAAAAGUGGGGUUUCCGUUGCCGGUGCUGCCGCUGCCAGACGCCGGAUGAUGUCCGACCCUUUGUCGAAGAAGCUGUUUAG